GCUGUUUUUGUUUACCUGUUCGUGUGCUGAGUUCGACAUCUUAUUACCAUUUUGGCCGUCAACAUAAAAACUAUAAUUAAAUAAUGAGCGCCGAAAUAUCUGGCUUUCGGCGUUUUCUACACUGGGGUCCAAUAACCGCGCUGAGCAUCAUUAAAUGCAUAACGCUGACGACGCUUUACAUGAACUCGAUGUGGUGGCCACCGAACGAAUCGUUUGCUGCUUUCGCACAUCAGGCACUGUUCCUGCUGCUCUCCACGUUGGCCACUUUCAAUUACAUCAUGGCCACGGUGACAGGUCCGGGCCUGCUGCCAAAACAAUGGCAGCCAAAGGACCCCAAGGACACGGAGUGGCUGCAGUACUGCAAGCAGUGUGAGGGCUACAAGGCGCCGCGUUCGCAUCACUGUCGCAAAUGCAAUCGCUGUGUUAAAAAAAUGGACCAUCACUGCCCAUGGAUCAACCAUUGUGUUGGUUGGGCCAACCACGCCUAUUUCUGCUACUUUCUGCUCUUCUCUAUACUGGGCAGUCUGCAUGGUUCCGUGGUUCUUAGUUGUUCCUUUUAUCGCGGCAUUCACCGCUAUUACUACCUGACCCACGGAAUGGCCUAUUUGGCCAGCGUACAGUUUACUAUCGGCAGCAUUGUCAUGUGCAUACUGGGCAUGGGCCUGGCCAUUGGCGUUGUGAUUGGACUGGGCAUGCUGCUCUUUAUACAGUUGAAGACAAUCAUCAUUAAUCAGACGGGCAUUGAGCUCUGGAUUGUAGAGAAGGCGAUCUAUCGCCGAUACAAAGCCGACGCUUAUGAGCCAUUUGUCUAUCCAUACGAUUUGGGGUGGCGGCUUAAUCUGCGCCAGGUGUUCAACGACGAGUGUCAAAAACGCGGUGAUGGCAUCGAAUGGCCUGUGGUCCAGGGCUGUGAUCAAUACACGUUGACCCGCGAGCAGCUGGCCCAAAAGCAGGAGAAACGUGCCCGAACCCGCGUCUACAAGUGUAUAAGCCCUGUAUCAGGUCGAUGGAUGCCCAUCUUCUCACAGGGUUGGCGCAUCUGCAUCAAUGCACCCUGCACAGACGAGCCACGCAUUCGCCUACAGCCCGACGACAUCAUCAAGGUGACGCGCUUUCGCCGGCACUGGCUGUUUGGUGAGCGUGUGCCCAGCGAGCUGGAGCACACAGCUGUCUCGCAGCAGAGGCGUCAGCGUAAAGGUCCCAUACGUGGCUGGUUUCCACGUCGCAGUGUCGUUGCCAUUACCGAAAUGCCGGAUUCCGAUAGCAGCGAUGAUGUUAAGCCCGUUAAAACCUCGACUAGCAAUGGACACGGUCAUGGAAAGCAACAGCAACGCAAUGGACUUAGCAAAAAGUACAUGUAGACCCAAAUGGGAGCAUACCGAGACAAUUUUAAUUACAAUAUGCAAUGCGUUCAACUGCAAAUCGGCUUGUAAAUAGUGAUAGAAACUCUUUAAUGGCUCGAUUUCAUCAGGUUUUAUGAGCACGCAGGUUAGAUUGUUAGCUGGAAGCCAAUAUAUAAAUGAUGACGUCUCGAAUGAUUGAGAAGAAUAGUAUGAGCAAUGCGAAGGAAAAGAACUUUGUGGAUUGCAAUCUGGUGACACGUUGCAAAUUAGAAGUUAUUUUCGAUUUUUAUGCAAUCUAUUUUUCCUUUUAAAAAAUAUUAUUACUUCUGCCUUUGUAAAAAUUACUUCAUAUGUUUUUUUUUGGACAAACUAAAACAGUUUUCGUUUUCAUAUUAUAAUUUAACGUAAGAUUUAAAUUAUAUGAUUUUUUAUACAAAUAAAAGUGAGCCUAUGUUAAGCAUCAAAAUAUCCAUUGCUAGAUAUUUGAUUUGCUCUCUUUGCAUUUUGUUGCUUUUAAUUAAGCGGAACAAAUUUAAUAUUUUGCGCGGCAUAUAAUAAAAAGAGUUAAUUAUGAUAAUGAUAAUAAAUACCUGACCAAAAGUUUUUAGUAAACUAAACUUUAAGCAAUGCUGGUCCGUUGGUUAAAUACCUCAAACUAAAAUAAUAUAAAUAUUAGCAGCAACACAUUGCUGAUAAAAGACACAAAAAAUGUUCUGUUUGGGUCGAGCUGAAGCUUUGCCCGAAAAUAGCCAGUUGGCAUUGGAGCAAUUUCCUAGCUGCUCAUUUAACUAAUUUAAGGCACAAGACCUAAAAUAUUGCUUUAUGCUUGUUAUACACGCGCACUUUUGCUGUAAAUUACAAAAAUUAAUAUACGCCUUGCACUUGUUUUUUUUUU